CCUCCUCCCGGCGGUGGCAGCAGGGAGCGGCCCGGGCUCCGGAGUUUGCAGAGGGCCGAUCCCGGCGCGCGCAGGGCGGUGGCGGUGGCUCAGAUGAGGAAGUUGAGGCGCUGGGAAGUGAAGUGACUUGGUUCAGCCCCACAGCUGAUACCCCAGGCCGGGUCCCCGCACCUCCCCGCUCAUGCCACUGGGACUGGGGCGGCGGAAAAAGGCCCCUCCUCUGGUUGACAAUGAGGAGGCCGAGCCGGGCCGGGGCGGGCUGGGCGUGGGCGAGCCGGGGGGGCCGCUGGGCAGCGGUGUCGCGGGGGGACCCCAGAUGGGCCUGCCCCCGCCUCCCGCCGCCCUGCGGCCCCGCCUGGUGUUCCACACCCAGCUGGCCCACGGCAGCCCCACCGGCCGCAUCGAGGGCUUCACCAACGUCAAAGAGCUGUACAGCAAGAUCGCCGAGGCCUUCCGGCUGCCAGCUGCCGAGGUGAUGUUCUGCACCCUCAACACCCACAAGGUGGACAUGGACAAACUACUCGGGGGGCAGAUCGGGCUGGAGGACUUCAUCUUUGCCCACGUCAAGGGGCAGCGCAAGGAGGUAGAGGUGUUCAAGUCAGAGGACGCGCUGGGCCUCACCAUCACGGACAACGGGGCGGGCUACGCCUUCAUCAAGCGCAUCAAAGAGGGAAGUGUGAUCGACCACAUCCAGCUCAUCAGUGUGGGUGACAUGAUCGAGGCCAUCAACGGGCAGAGCCUGCUGGGCUGCCGGCACUACGAGGUGGCCAGGCUGCUCAAGGAGCUCCCUCGGGGCCGCACCUUCACGCUGAAACUCACGGAGCCCCGCAAGGCCUUUGACAUGAUCAGCCAGCGCUCGGCCAGCGGCCGCCCUGGAUCGGGUGCCCAACUGGGCACUGGCCGAGGGACCCUCCGACUCCGCUCCAGGGGCCCUGCCACAGUGGAGGAUCUGCCCUCAGCCUUUGAGGAAAAGGCCAUUGAGAAAGUCGAUGGCCUGCUGGAGAGCUAUAUGGGGAUCAGAGACACAGAGCUGGCGGCCACCAUGGUUGAGCUGGGGAAGGACAAAAGGAACCCGGACGAACUGGCCAAGGCCCUGGACGAGCAGCUCGGCGACUUUGCCUUCCCGGACGAGUUUGUCUUCGACGUGUGGGGAGCCAUCGGCGAUGCUAAGGUCGGCCGCUACUAGGACGCGCACUGGACCCCGAGGUGACAACCAGGCCGGGCCUGGAGAGGGCUUCCAGCGGGGGACUCCGAAGCCGGGACCCGAGCACCCGGCUUGGGCCUGGAGCUCAGCAGAAGAUUGUCAAAGAGGCGGCACUUGGCCCCUGCGCCCCGCUCCGAUCGGUACCACCACCUUCCCCGGUGCCCAGCCCAGCUGGGGUCCCUGGUCGCCCUUGGGAUCCCCACCUACCUCAGCAGAGUCAGCUUGUAGGGAAGAAUCGGCCCCCCCCCCCCCCCCCCCCCGGCAGCCUCCUCCACCCGCACCACUUUUCCAUCAUCCGCUGCCAGACUCUUGCGUCUCCCUUAGGGCCGCGGUUCUGUUUGGAGGCCGUGCCUCCUUCAUUUCUGAGCUGGACAUGCAGAAAGGAGGCACCCCCUUAGCAAAAGGCAAUAAUAAUAAUAAUAAUACCUGUCCCCACCGGGAAGAGCCCCCCCUCCGUUGGAUUCUGUUACCUUCCCACUUGAGAAUAGACUGCUGUGAACCCCAAGAUGCCACCAUCACCCCUCACGCCGCGGAGGGAGGGAGGGAGGGAUGAGUGAGGCGGCGGGCUUUCGUAUCUGAAUUCUCUGUCCUGGACAUAAAGACUCGAUCUGUUA